UUUCUCCUUUUCUUUUGCAACUAAUAAAUGUGGAUCUUUUUCCAGUCAGCCAGUAGAGAUUGGUUUUAUUUCAUCAAGCAGAUUAAUAAUACAUGCACACUCCAUAUGAGCCCAUCCAAAAAAAAAAAAAAAAACACAUUAUAUAGCCAAGUCUGGGAUGGGAUGAUAGAUUCAUGUAGGCAGUGGCUGCUAUUUGCUAACAAGCGCUGUUUUUAAUGAGGUGUUAUAAAACAAACAAACAAAAAAACAUUUCGGGAUGGCCUGGAACAAACCAGGCCCUCGGGGAAACGUCCCCAAACUCCCAACGGCCAAACCGUCUGCCCCGUGAUUUCAUGGAGGGAAAUCCCCGGUCAUCCUCCUCAGUGGCGCCGACCGUUGGGCUAAAGACGAGGAUCAGUUUGAAAGGAUGGUGGCAAACGCACUGAUCAUGCUGAUGAUAAAGAUGGCAGCAGCUUCCAUGCCUGGCUCCGAGAUGGACCUUAAACGCGGAUAUGGAGCUGGUUCUCCAGAACUGAUCCAGAACUCGUGCCACUCGGUGGGAUUUGGAAUCAGAGCGAUUCCUCCCAAUAUUUCCAGCAACACCUGGUGCCUGGAAGUGAAGCAGACGCAGAUCACAGAGAUUCAGCAGCGUUCCUUCGCCAGCCUGCAUCGCCUCACAAAGCUUUUCAUCCUGCAGAACAACAUCCUGCAGAGCAUCGGUGCAUCUGCCUUUGCCGGUCUGCCUCAGCUCUCCGACGUCUACAUUUCUGAAAAUCUCUCUUUAGAGACGAUAAAAGCUUUCGCUUUCUCCGAUCUCCCAGAGCUCACUGAAAUAGAGAUAACCAAAUCCAAACACCUGAGAUCCAUUCAUCCAGAUGCUUUCAGGAACAUCGUGAGCCUUCGCCGUCUAACUAUCUCCAACACCGGGCUGCGAAUUUUUCCAGACCUCUCCAAGAUCCAGUCUGCAGCCCGAGGUUUUCUGUUUGACCUCCAGGACAACAUCAACAUAGAAACUGUCCCUGCCAAUGCCUUCAGAGGCCUCUGCACAAAACCAAUUGAGGAAAUACGGCUCACCAGAAAUGGCAUCAAGGAGGUGGCGAGUGACGCCUUCAACGGAACAAAGAUGUACAGAUUGCUUCUGAGUGGAAACAAGCAGCUUGCUCACAUCAGCCCCGAUGCCUUUGUGGGUUCCAGUGAGUUGGUGGUGCUGGACGUCUCUCAGACGGCUGUCAGCUCUCUGCCGGACUCCAUCCUCGGCGGUCUGAAGAAGCUGUUAGCAGAAUCUGCUUAUCACCUCAAAAAGCUUCCUAUUGUACAGCGCUACACAAAACUCCACAUAGCCAAACUGACGUACUCCUCACACUGCUGCGCCUUCAAAAACAUGCACAGAAACAGAUCGAGGUGGACCCCUCUGUGUAACCACCCCGAGGCGAAAACCAUCCCGGCCUUCUUCAGGGAGCACUGCUCCAACUCCACCUCCGUCUCCUGCAGCCCGACGCCUGACAGCUUUAAUCCGUGUGAGGACAUAAUGUCCCCCGUCGUCCUGCGGAUCCUCAUCUGGAUCAUCUCUGUUCUCGCACUGCUUGGCAAUACGGUGGUUCUACUGGUGCUGUUAGGCAGUCACUCCAAGCUGACGGUUCCUCGUUUUCUCAUGUGCCACUUGGCCUUCGCUGACCUCUGCAUGGGCAUUUACCUGCUAGUGAUCGCCACCGUGGACAUGUUCACUCACGGCCGCUAUUACAACCACGCCAUUGACUGGCAGACGGGCUUCGGAUGCAAAGCUGCAGGCUUUUUUACGGUGUUUGCCAGUGAGCUGUCAGUUUUCACACUAACAGCCAUUACUGUGGAGCGCUGGCACACCAUCACCAACGCCAUGCGGCUCGACCGCAAACUUCGCCUGAGGCACGCCUGCAUCAUCAUGACAACUGGAUGGAGCUUCUCCCUGCUGGCUGCAUUGCUGCCCACAGUGGGUGUCAGCAGCUACAGCAAAGUGAGUAUCUGCCUGCCGAUGGAUGUGGAGUCCGUGGUCUCCCAGGUCUACGUUGUCUCUCUACUGGUCCUCAACAUCCUGGCCUUCUUCUGCGUUUGCGGUUGUUACCUCAGCAUCUACUUGACCUACCGCAAACCCUCGUCGGCGCCUGCUCACGCCGACACCCGAGUGGCUCAACGCAUGGCUGUCCUCAUCUUCACCGACUUUGUCUGCAUGGCGCCCAUCUCCUUCUUCGCUGUCUCCGCCGCCCUCAAGCUCCCGCUCAUCACCGUCUCAGACGCCAAGCUCCUGCUGGUUCUUUUCUACCCCAUCAACUCAUGCUCAAACCCCUUCCUGUACGCCUUCUUCACCCACACCUUCCGACGGGAUUUCUUCCUCCUCGCCGCUCGCUUCGGCCUGUUUAAGACCCAAGCCCAAAUUUACCGGACAGAGACUUCGUCCUGCCAGCAGCCGACGUGGACCUCGCCGAAGAGCAGCCGCGUCAUUUACUCCUUGGCCAACACGUUGAGUCUGGAUGGGAAACAGGAGUUCUGAUUGUCACCAAAGUAAUCGCAGUUAAAGGCUUUCAAUUGAUGGUUCUUUUUCUCCCCUCGCAGAAGCCAAAGACCGUUUGAUAAAGAAAUGUUUAAAAGCAAUGUGGCACUUUAUAACUUUAAAUGUAAGAGAAAUUAAACAGUUUGACAUUUUGGAUAUUCUUAAAUGAAUGAGUUAAUCCAACCUUCUGGUUGGCCUUCAUUUGGUCCCUCCAAACAUUAGACAUCUGUGGACGCCUUUAGUGGCUGUUUAAGGUUGACCUGUUUUCGUCUUUAUGCUGUUAGCCCAGAAAAUGUGUUGAAAGUUACAUUUUAUAGCCCCUAAACUCUGUUUCAUUUACCAAAGACAUAGAAAGUCAGGUUUGGUUGGUACAUUUAGAUGUCGGUAGAUGUCUUCAAGUUGACAUCAAUUUGUAGACGAAGCAAAGACAAAGUCCUUUAUUUUUUAAAUCUAUUCAACAAUAGUUUGAUGUCAGGAGGGAGGGAUUGAACUCAACUGUAACUCCUGCUGAAUUUCCUUCUUGAAAGGUCCAAGGACUUCUUGGUUGAUUCAAGUUGCACUUGUGACGUUUUAGUUAAUUUCAGAGUGAAAAAAUAUACUAAUGUGCCACAUAGUAUUAUAACAAUUCAAAGCUAGUUUUGAAAUAUUGCCCCAGGAAUUGAAAUCUGAUUAUCAAAUUAACCCCAUAACCAAAUGAUUAAUUGGUUAUGGAGUUGAACUCCUGGGAUUAGCUGACAGCUUUUGCUCAUUAAGGCUAAAGUCACUUAGCAACACAGUAGAAAAUAAUGUAUUUCUUUAUAUAACCUGGACUCAAGCAUUAUAGAAACAAAUUUACAGUAUGGGACCAUGGUGCUCUGCUCAAACUUUGUAAGAAACGGUGCUAAAAUGCAUAUAAGAAUAUAAAUCUCUUUGUUUUUAUCGAUUAGUUUUAGUCUUCUUGCCUUCUAACAUAUGUCAAGUAGAGAGUUAAUCAGAGAAACAUCCAAGAGGCCAAUUGUGUCUCUGAAGAAGCUGCAGAAAUGCCACAUAUCUCACCACAAAAGCCAUCAUGGCUGCUAUGUGGUCAAAACAUACAUGACAGAUGCUGUAAUAAACCGUUUAUUUGCCCCUUUUGCGACUUUUAUCCCACUAACAUAUACGGUACUGCACAAGGUGCAAAACAUAAGCAUGUUGCUUUUCUUUCUGGUUUCUUGACAUGGAGGUAGGAUGUGGUUAAGUUGGGUGUGAUGAAUUCUGCUCCAUGUAGCUCUACAAAUAAUUUCAGCCCAACACUUUGGACGCCAGGGUCCAGUUUGCUGCUCGGACCAAAUGAUCGAUUUGUCUCUGACCUUGGAGAUAUAUGUGCUGUUUAUGAGCUGAGCACUUCUUUCUGGUUGAGAGUAAAAAAAGAAAAAAAAGCUGGAUUUGCUAAUCGCUAAUUGUUGUGGCGCUAUGAUUUUGCAAAACAAAAUUGUAAGAAACAAAUUUUGCGCAUUUAAUUCAUUAAACAAUGUGUUCACAAACAGAUGAUGUGCAUUAGAUGCACUUUGAAGAAGAAUUCAUAUUGCAUUUGACUGGAAACUCCUAAUAUCUGAUCCUGGAGAACAAACAGAGCUCACCAGGAAUCGCCUCCUCAUUUGAAAGCACAGUGUAAAACAUAUGAACUGAAGGAAUCUAUGCAAACACAGAACUGAAGAUUAGUUUUGCUUGAAUCUGGGUCAGAAACGCUGUCCUACAUACAGUUGUUUUUGUUACAACUAGAUUACACCUGCAGAUGGGUAAAGUUUCCAACAACUCAACCGUAUAAAAGUAAAAGUAAACACAUGACCUCAUCUGUCUUAUCGCCUAGCAAACAUCGUCCUUCUGGUGCGACAAGAUGUCGCUGCAAACUGAGAUAGCUUGUAAUAAAUUAGACCAAAGUUUUACACGUGGGACGUCAGCAUCAAAAAUUCAACAUUUGUUCAAUGUUUAAUGUUAUGAGUGAGGGAUGUUUAUU